GUCGAGACCAUCUCUCUGAAUUCGCCAGCUCCUGGUCGCAUAGUUGCAGCUGCAGGUGCAGUACAGGUUGCAGGGCUGGACAGCUCGGCAGCAACGCCCGCGCCAGCAUAGCUGCAGCACUGCAUCUCUUUGGCAGCCACAGCGGCCCAGCAGCGAACAAGCAUCUCAGACGCGAUGCAAGACGAACCCCCACCCCGCGCGAAGCGCCUCCUGCGCAAAGGAGUAUUAAUAAUAGCACCGAUACUGUUAAUAGCAGCAACCGUCUACGCCAAGGUCAUCGCGCGCCGACGGUGGGAGGGCCGCGCCGCGGUCAAGGGCUACGGCGACGUCUUCAAGCGGCAAGCAAUCAAAGAAAGCACGAAGCUCAAGGGCGCGACCGCCGAGUGGGUCCCCUUCGAAGCGCGAACGCAUCCCGACACGCCGACGAAGCUCUGGGGUAACGUGAAGCGGCCCUUCCCGACCGGAGCGUGGUGGACGAAUUUGGUCGUCGGCGGGCCCUCUUCGAGUGGCGACGGCCUCGGCACGGCCUUCGCGACGCCGUAUACGGUUUCCGUGUUGCCCGACAAAGGCGUCGUACUAGGUUACGGCGAGGUCCUCGCGACGAACGACUCGCUGACGCUGGCGACGUCGCAAGCUGCGUGGAAAUCAAAUUUCGCAACUGCAUCUGCUCGAUGGUGUGUAGAUUCCACGCCAUCGACGCGAGGCGAUGGCGUUCAGGUGGAUAACCUAACUCACUGGUUGAUUUCCACGCAGGUCGCAGGACCUCAUCGUAAGCCUCAAGGGCGGUCUGGAGAAGCGAGAAGUCGUCGCUUAUGACGACCUGACGAUGACGAUGCGUUGUUCUGCAGACAAGGGGCAGAUCGACGCCUUGUUCGCGCGGGGCAGUCCCUACGUCACGUUCCGCGUCGACGGCGUCCCGUCUCUGAAAUCCGACGCGCUGUUUACGGAUCUCCAAGCCGUCGACGCCGUUACGAACGAGACGAUGCCGAAAGCGUGCGCGGCGUACCCGAGCUGUAUACUAGCGAGCAUGAAGGGAGACUGCUGCCCGCAGCCGAGUGGUGUAAAGCACCCGUGCUGUAGCGGUUCUUUGGGCGCUCAGACGGGCGAGGUCUUCUCUGUUGCGUUGUCGAACGGCCAGGCGUGGCGCCUCUACUUCUCUUCUCCAGUGACACUGACCUGGGACUCGACCGGCGCGCACACCACCCAUUCCUUUCAAGGAGUCAUGCGCGCAGCCGUCGUGCCGUCGAAUUCCACAAAAGACGCGCUGAUGUUGGAUGCCCACGCCGAGGCCUACGCGACCGCCGGUUCGGUAAGGGUGACCGUCGAUCGAGCCAAGGAUCCCGAUGUUGGAAUUGUGGCCUUCGACUGGCAGGUCGCUUAUUUAGGAUCGUCCAUACCUAGAGAUGAAUUGGAGCCGGCGCUGCUGAUGCUUGCUUUACCUCAUCACGUCGACGCCUUGGUGGCGGACGCGUCGAUAGGUUUCCUGGACAUACUACGUUACAGAGGCGGCCUCAAGGGCAUCUGUAGGGCCGUCCUCGGGAGCAGUUGGCGCCUCGCGGAGCCUUUGACCAAAAUAGGCUUCACGGCGCCGCGGCCCCUCAAGGAGCAGAAACAUGUCGAUGCCAUAAAAAAACAGGUGAAGUCCGACGUCAUGCGGCCGGCCGGCGAGACCGACAAAGAUGCGGCGUGGAUUUGCUUCGACGACUGGUUCGGCAACGCGUACUGGAACGGCAAGGAGGCCGCGCGGCUCGCGGGCCUGGCGCUCGUCGCGCAAGAAGUGGGUGACGACGCGUCCUUCACGAGCGCGGUCGCCCAGAUGCGAAGUAUCUUAGAAUUGUGGCUCGAAGCUAGGAACGGGGACCCCCUCGUCUACGACGCGACGUACGGCGGGCUCGUGACGGAGAAGGGUCUCUACGACCACGACGCGGAUUUUGGAAAUGGCUACUACAACGACCACCACUUCCACUACGGCUACCUGCUGCACGCGGCCGCGGUGGCUGUGAAAAAUGAUGCGGGCUUCGCCGCGAAACAUAGAAGAGCGCUCUUCGCGCUGCUGUACGACGUGGCGUCGCCCGGGAGCGGGCACUCUCUCGAUAGUGUGGAUGUCGACGCGCGGGCCUUCCCGCGCGCGCGGCACAAGGACUUCUACGCGGGGCACUCGUGGGCGAGCGGCAUCUUCUUCAUGGGCCAGGGCAAGGCCCAGGAAAGUUCGAGCGAGGCGGCGAACGCUUAUUAUGGGGCGUACCUCCUGGCCCUGAGCCUGGGUGACGUCGCGCUGGCGGACUGGUGCCGCACGCUCCUGGCCAUGGAGGUGCGCGCCGCGCGGUACUACUACCACAUGCCGGUCGGCGGCGAGGUCUACCCGGCGAGGUUCGCGGACCACAACAGAAUGGUCGGUGUGCUCGGCGCGCUCUCGACGGGCGCGCAGACCUGGUUCGGGCCGUCGCCCAUCUACGCGCACGGCAUCCAGAUCCUGCCCGUGACGCCGGCGACGGAGGAUCUCUUGAAGCCGCCCUCGUUCAUCGCCGAGGACCUGGCGUUCCUCGACGUCGUCCUCGCGCACGACGCCGCGGUCGACGACUCGUGGUCGUCGCUCGUCGUCUGCGAGCGCGCCGUGCUCGACCCGGAGCGCGCCUGGAAGGAGAUGAUGGCCCUCCAGGUCGUCGACGGCGGCGCGUCGAAGGCGGCGCUGCUCUACUGGAUCGCUACGCGGCCGCCGCCCGACGCCGAGACGAAGGCGCUCCUGGCGAAGGCUGAAGGGGGUGGGUAACUUAUUUAGGUGUGGUUACGAAUUGGGGGCGAGCGGCGGUCCGCGGCUCGUCGGCGUAGCUCUAAGCAAAGCGCGAAUUGGGGGACGGGCGACCCG